UGUCGGUGAGACAUGAAGAGGAAACUCCUGCUGGUGUCCAACUCCACUCUGCACGGCGGCGGCUACCUGGACCACUGUCAGCAGCACAUCUGCAGCUUUUUUGGAAAGAAUGUGAAGAGAGUGCUGUUUGUUCCCUAUGCCCUCCAUGACAGAGAUGCCUACACAACGACUGCCAGGAACAAGUUCAGAUCCUUAGGUUAUGAGGUCGACGGCAUCCACGAGGCUGCUGACCCCGUCGAAGCCGUCCGAAAGGCUGAGGGCAUUUUUAUUGGAGGGGGCAACACAUUCCGGCUGCUGAAGAGCCUUUACGACAACAACGUGGUGACGGAGAUCAGGAAGAGAGUCCUGGAGGACGGCGUCCCGUACAUGGGCUCCAGCGCCGGAACCAACGUGGCGACCAUCAGCAUCAGCACCACCAACGACAUGCCCAUCGUUUUCCCGCCGACCUUCAGUGCCAUCGGCCUGGUGCCCUUCAACAUCAACCCGCACUACCUGGACCCCGACCCCAACAGCCGCCACAUGGGGGAGACCAGGGAGCAGAGGAUAACCCAGUACCAUGAAGAACCCAACACUCCCAGUGUUCUGGAAGGCUCCCUGCUGCUGGUAGAAGGAGACAAAGCCACGCUGUUGGGAACAACAAAGGCUCGACUCUUCAGCAGUGGGAAACCCUCGGUGGAGUUGGAUCCCGGCAGUGACCUCAGCUUCCUGCUGACGGAGGCGCAGUGAGACGCCAAAGAGGAAUGGAGACCACACGGAAUAAAAAUCUGAAGCAAACGA